AUGGAUCUAUCUAGUGAACUCGAGUACUAUGACUAUAUAAUCUGCGGAGGGGGAACAUCAGGCUGCGUGGUGGCUGGCCGACUAGCAGAAAACCCCAACGUUAAGAUCCUCCUCAUCGAAGCCGGACAACACAAUAAAGAUCUCGAAAAUGUCCACAUGGUUGGCGGCUGGUCCAACAACUUCGACUCCGAAACAGACUGGAACGUGGUUACACCCCCAAUGAAAGGCAUCGAUAAUCGCCAGGUCAAGCUCAGCAGAGGCAAGUUUCUAGGCGGGUGUAGCGGGUGCAAUGGCACGCUCUGCAUCCGGGGGAGCAAGCAGGAUUUCGACGAUUGGGAGUUGGAGGGGUGGAGCGGGGAAGAGUUCUUUGGCUAUAUGAGAAAGGCAGAAACUUUCCACCCAAAACCCUGGUUCGACGCCAACGAACAAGCCCACGGCUACGAUGGCCCCCUCCACACCGAACCGCACGAUCUCGCACCUAUCUCGCAGCUCAUCAUGUCAUCCUUCGUGUCUGAAGGAUUACCGCAUGUACCCGAUAUGUUCUCGACAGGCGAGACACCGCACGGGUGCGGCCAUGCCCCACGGUCAGUGUACAAUGGUCUACGGACGACGAGCGCCGAUUUCGUUACGAAUGGGUUCAUUCGCAAGAACGUCACCGUUGUGACGGGGAGUACAGUGGAUCAUGUGCUCGUUGAGCCGGAUGCACAGACGGGUGAGCUAGUUGCUCGGAGUGUAUUGGUGCAGGAUACGUUUAGUGGUGAUGUGAGGGCAUACCAUGCGAAGAGGGAGGUUGUUAUCUGCGGAGGCGCAUACUGCAGCCCUGCUAUCCUCCUGCGCUCUGGAAUUGGACCGAAAUCCGAACUGGAAAAGCACGACAUUCCAUGCGUGGUGGAUUCACCGGGCGUUGGCCAGAAUCUCAUGGAUCAUCCUAUCGUAUUCAUAUUCUACGAAACUGCCCACCCAAACCUAACAACCGACCACCUCGUAUACCACAAAAACGCCUUCGAAACCACCUACAACCUCUGGAAAACAAACAAAACAGGCUUCCUGUCCACCUUCCCCUUUGGCGCCUUUGCCUACGCCCGUCUCGACGACCGCCUUGCCAACGAGCCUCUCUGGAAAGAGUACCAAAACACUUCCAAAGACAAACAGGUUGGAAAUGAGAAGCGAGACCCCAUGUACCUCCUCCCCUCCAAACAACCAAAUAUCGAACUCUUCACGACAGAAUGCUAUGGCGGACCGAAGCAAUACGAUCAUUUUCCUGCGUCUCCAAAUCGGGAUGCGAAUGUUUUCUCGAUUAUAGCGGAGUUAUUCUCCCCGCAUUCCCGCGGUAGCGUUACGCUUUCGUCGAGAGAUGGACGCGAGAAUCCCGUUGUCGACUGUAACUAUCUAGACCACCCGCUUGAUAUGCUGGUUCUGUCCGAGGGCGUGAGGUUUGCGAAUGAGAUUGUCAUGAAUGGGGCUGGGACGAAGGGGAUUGUGAAGGGGUCUUGGCCGGAGGGGCUGGGGUAUGGGACGCCUGGAAAGGAGAGGUUUAGGACGAGGGAGGAUUGGGUGCCGUAUGUUAAGGAGCAUGCUACUACUUGUUACCACGCUGCUGGCACUUGCGCUAUGGGAAAGGAUGAUAAUCCUAUGGCAGUACUGGAUAACAAGCUGCGCGUGCGUGGGGUUGCAAAUCUGCGUGUGGCAGAUUGCAGUAUCAUGCCUACUCUCCACGGGGGACACACGCAGAUGCCGGCUUACGGUAUUGGUGAAAAAUGCGCAGACUUGAUCAAAGAAACUUGGUCGACGGACAAUGUGAGCCAGGGCUUGCGUGCUGUGUUAUAG